AUGACCGGGUGUAAGGAAAAGUGUCUCGUCGGCAAACGCAAAGCCGAUGACAAGCAUGGGGGCAGGAUUCUCACAUCGCCGACAUUCAAUAAGCAGCCUGCACGCGCAUACAAGCUGCUCGCUGCACUCUUCACCCUCCCUUUGUUGGCCCUACCCUUUCUCUACCUCGACGCCGCCCUCUCCGAGCCAUAUGUCAAUCGGCGCUUCACUUCGCUGCUCGAUGAAAUGUCGGUUGCCGCAUACAAAAGCUUGGAUCUGGAGCGUGAAUGUCCUCAAGUCCCAAUCAAUGCAAGCGCUCUUCGCUUUGAUCUCGACGCUAAGGGUUCGCGUGCCCGUGCGCGCGCGGAAGAGGAUGAGGCGCGAUACGCUACUCUGCUAAGCGAAUCGGUCAAGAUCGACACCUCCAUUGGCGACAAUUGGCCCUCUCCGACGGAGGAUCCCUCACUCUGGGAGGACAAGUUUGGACCAUUCAAACAGUGGAUGGAGCAAGCUUUCCCGCUGGCUCAUCAGAAUGAUCGCAUACACAGGGAUGUUGUCAAUCAACAUGGUUUGGUGUACACUUGGAAAGGCAGCGAUGAGAAUUUGAAGCCUGUGCUGAUCACUGCUCAUCAGGGUAAGUCACACUCGCGCAUACAUGCUCUCGAGUCGCUGCGCUGACCGCAUGCAACCACCCCAUUGUCGAGCAGACACUGUGCCAGUCUUGGAGGCGACGCUGAACCAGUGGAGGUACCCACCGCACUCCGGUCACGUGGAUGAACAAGGCGUUGUCUGGGGAAGAGGUUCGUACGACGCCAAGGCUUGGCUGGUAGGCAUCAUGUCUGCGCUGGAACGUCUGCUUAGCGAAGAGAGCAAGUUCGUGCCGAAGCGAGGCAUCGUCAUUGCUUUUGGUUUUGAUGUGAGUACUACAGAUUGUGUACAAGCGCAAGCCGCAAGGCUGACAAGCACGCCUCGUCCUCACUUGCGGUGCGCAGGAAGAAGCAUCGGGACCUCAAGGUGCAAGGCACAUUGGUGCGCAUCUGGAAAAGGUGUGGGGCAAGGACAGCUUCGCGUUCCUCCUGGACGAAGGCACACCCAACCUUUCGUCAUCGUCGGGCUACGGUGUACCCAUCGCGCUGGUAGGUACGGAGGAGAAAGGAGCGAUGCACGUAACGCUCCGUGUAGAGUCUGCCGGUGGACACUCUUCCAUCUCCCCAAGACACACCAGCAUAGGUUUGCUCAGCGCCAUCUUGGCCGAGCUCGAGAGGUAUCCGGAGCGGGUUAGACUGGGAAAAAAGGUUGGGGAUGAUUCGGCGCACUUGAACACGCUCAUGUGUCUGGUCGACUCGCCCGUCAUGGACCCUGCUCUCAAACGCGCACUCAGAAACCUUGCCUGGGCCAAGCGGUCUGUCCGCGCAAAUGCCCGGCUUGCAACAAGUGACGAUGGCCACACAACUCGCAAAGGAUUCACCGUGUCAACAUUUUUGGACUCGCUGCGUCACGAUCCGCACGGUCUUCGAAGGAUAGCAAGGGCAGAAGAUGCAGUCAAGGCUGUUCUGCCUCGGAAUUUGGCCAAUCCUUUCUUUACGACGCACGCGAUCGAUGUGAUUCAGGGAGGUGUGAAGAUCAAUGCUUUGCCGCCCGUCGCUAGCGCAUCUGUGGACCAUCGAAUCGCUCCUUGCUCCUUGGUCCAGCGUCAAACACUUGCAACAAGAAUGGACAGUUCUGCUCAGGCGAUUCGCUGAAAAAUUCAACUUGGAACUGACAGCGUGGGGCGAAAAGGUGGAUGCAAAGUCGUGGUGGAUGAGCCACAUGUGCGAAAACCCUCCAAAGCAGUUUUCUGUACGGUGGCAAGACCAAUGCGAGGGAUUUGUGACGUACGAUGGGACCGGUGGCAAGCUCGUCAUCGAAGCUUGGGAGAGUCCGCUGGAACCGGCUCCUGUUACACCGACGCAGGGAAAAGAUGCAAAAGCAUGGAGAUUGCUCUCGAGCGUGAUUCGCCAGACUUAUCCCACCGACCACACGGGUCAGGAAGUCCGCGUGGUGAGUUUGCGCAUCUAGGCGUUGAGAUGGCAUGAUCUGCACGUCGUGUUCUGCUCGACCUCCUCCCAAGGAGGGCGUGACGAUCCGUCCAAAGUCUUCAUCCUAACGUUUUCCUGCACCUCCCCCUUGCUCUCUUCUCAGGCGCCCGCCAUGAUGCAAGGCAACACCGACACGCGUCAUUAUUGGGCCCUCACGCGCAACAUUUUCCGCUACAGCCCUUCAUCCUUCGAAAAGGAUCCGAGCGGAUUGGGCACGGUCAAGGGCGUGCACGCCGAGAAUGAGCAUUACGCGACCAAAGGAAGUCGACUGAGCAAGUUUUAUCAAGAGAUCAUUUCGAGAGCUGAUGCGGAGGAGUUUUGA